GUGCACGAAUCCCUGCAAAGUCGUGCGCUGCGACCGCCAACUGGUCUUAUAUAAGCACCGACGAGAGCAUCAGUUCACAACUUCCAACCAUGGCCGUCAAACUGCUCACUAUCUUCGCUUUUGCAGGCAUCUGCCUGGCGGCCGCGCUGCUGGUGUCCGCCGAGGAGCAGGGCGAGCACGUGCUGGUCAAGCGGUCCGGCAAUGGCUGGUUCAAGGCCCCCGGCAGCCCAACGAGCCGUCACACCAUUAAGGACGCCGGCGGCCAGCAGGUGGACCAUACCGUGGACCACAGCAACGGCCACGUCACCUCCGGGUACCUCGCCCUGGGCAAGAAUGCCCGGGACGACUCCCCUCACCGCACCGGCCAGCCCCACUCCGGCGGAGCGGCCAGCACUAGCGAGAAGAAGCCCAAGAAGAAGGGGCACUAGUCGGGCACCGAUCAUCACAGUGGCAAGAGAACUACUGGCUGAGGUUAAAGUUUUAUUCUGUCAAUAAAAAUUACCUUCGUCAAAUU